GGGGUUUGCUUCCGGUUAGCACCGGAAGUGAAGCCUGAGGGGGGAACUUGAGGGCGCAGCGGCGAGGUCUUCCCUGUUGUUGCUGUCAAAACCUCCUGACGUUCCUGGGUCUCCCGGCUCCCUCCUCGCUUGUGGCCCGAUGCAUCCGCGGCGCCCCGAGGGCUUCGACGGCCUGGGCUACCGGGGCGGCCGAGAGGAGCCGGGGGGCUUCGUGGCCAAGCCGGACCUCGGCCACUGGGUCAGCACCCCGCCUGACAUCCCCGGCAGCCGCAACCUCCACUGGGGGGAGAAGACCCCGCAGUUCGCCGCAGGGACCCCGCUGGGGGCGGCCGGCUUCAACGAGGACUCUUACGCGGGGAGCGUGGCCGCCGGCUCCGGUGCGUAUAACGAGGGGUGGGGGGGAGAGGCACGCGCCGGUUAGACGGGGCCUGGGCCCCAAAACCAAGGGGGCCAGGAGAGCCCAGCAUCUUCCGUGGGUCGCAUAUAUUCUUGCUUCCCACGCUGGAUGUCCCCCCUUCCCCCCCAAAAAAUCGCCUUUUCUGCUUGCAAAAGGCCACGGUUGCAAAGGCCAACGUGCAGAUUCUUUCGCUCCUAUACGUUUUUGUUCGCCUGUAGUACAGGCGAAUUCCCUUCUUUCUGGCAAAUUUUGGGCCCGCAACAGUUUGGUGCUCUGCAUUCUUUGGAGUGCGGACUGUUCCGAGGGUGCUGGAUUGCAAGUGAAGCUCUUCCUAGCGCGAUGAGCCAGAGGCAUGCUUAGUACUGUAGGCUUUUUCAUUUUCUUCCUCCUUACGGUUGGUUCAUACUGUAUUUCGAUUUGGAGUUUUUAAAGCAAUCAGUGUGAGUCCCAGAACAAGUGUUCUCCUAACCUGUUGUUCACUAAGAGCUCAGGAUGUUGUACAAUCCUUCCCUUUACCCAGUUUUUGCAAGCCAGUCUCUCUAGAACCAGUUUUUUCUUUUCUUAAGUGGUACGUGUUCCUUUUACUCUCUAGAAAAAAUAGUGCCUGUGAGGAAAACAUUAGCAAGCUAUAACAAUAUAUUCUCCACCCCACUCAAAUUCUGCUCAGAAAAGCAGCUAGUCCACUCACUUACCUAUACUUUUCCUCUGGGUGAUACAGGAGUGGGGGUUGAGCCCACCUGUGGUUUGUCUCCUGUAGGCCCAAUAUUUCUUGCCACACAGGCUAGAGAGAGAAUGACAAUAAGCGAGAUGUGGAGGUAGAUGCUCUGAAGUCUUUGCAUAAUCACUCAUCCCACACCUCUCAGUGGUGCAACCACAAAGAACUAGGCAAGUGGUAGUUGUAAGAAGAGGCUGUUACUUCUUACUGCUUUUUGACACCUUUCUGUUUGGGAAGCUGGGUAAAGGUACUGUGGUUUUGGCAGCUGUCCAGCAGUGUUGACCCUAUGAUGCUAGGUCUAUUUAUAUCUCUAUUUACUGUAUUUUUUGCUCUAUAAGACUCACUUUUUCCCUCCUAAAAAGUAAGGGGAAAUGUGUGUGCGUUUUAUGGAGCGAAUGCAGGCUGCGCAGCUAUCCCAGAAGCCAGAACAGCAAGAGGAAGUGCUGCUUUCACUGCGCAGCGAUCCCUCUUGCUGUUCUGGCUUCUGAGAUUCAGAAUAUUUUUUUUCUUGUUUUCCUCCUCCAAAAGCUAGGUGCGUCUUGUGGUCUGGUGCGUCUUAUAGAGCGAAAAAUACGGUAUGUCUCCAACCAGGAAAUGUUGGCCCAAGGUCACCAAACAAGGAUCAUGGCUCAGUGAGAGUGUAAUUAAGCAAAUGUAUGUCCCAAAUUUGUCAUAGACUAGAACAAAUUAUAGGGACGUGGGUGGCGCUAUGGUCUAAAACACUGAGCCUAGGGCUUGCCCAUUGGAAGGUCAGCAGUUCGUAUCCCGUAACGGGGUGAGCUCCCAUUGCUCGGUCCCUGCUCCUGCCAACCUAGCAGUUCAAAAGCACGUCAGAGUGCAAGUAGAUAAAUAGGUACUGCUCCGGUGGGAAGGUAAAUGGCGUUUCUGUGCGCUGCUCUGGUCUCACCAGAAGCGGCUUAGUCAUGCUGGCCACAUGACCCGGAAAAACUGUCUGCAGACAAAUGUCGGCUCCCUCAGCCAGUAAAGCAAGAUAAGCACCGCAACUCCAGAGUCAUUCGCGAUUGGACUUAACUGUCAGCGGUCCUUUACCUUUUUAGAACAAAUUAUAUUAGCUUACUUGAGAAAUUUAAGGCAAUCAGUUAUUCAUUUAUUAUAUUUUGUAAAUAUCUGUGUGUGUAUUUGUGCCUUUACCAGGCUAAUGCAAAUUUUGGAUAGGGUCCUUCUCCCUGUGUUUUGUUAUGUAGCUGAUUAAAACUAACAGUUGUUUGUGUUGUCUUUCUGUCUUUCAGAACAGUUGAAUAGAUUUGCAGGCUUUGGGAUUGGCUUGGCAAGGUAAUAUCACAAUCAUGUAAUUCAUAACAUUUUUAAUAUACACAAAACUACUUUUUCCAAAUCCAUAUCUCUGUAUGUGUGUUAAGGUGGCACAUGCAACUGAAUGCUUUAAUAUUUUCAUUCAGCGUAAGCAGAGUUUUCUACCACCUUUCAAAAAUGUAUUCAUUACAAUAUUUAUAUACUUUCCAAAGUGGUUUACAAGCAAGUAACAAAUACUGUAAUACAAAGGCAAUAUCAGUAACAUCCAGUUAUCAAACUCAGUAGCCAUCGAAAGAGUUCAGCCAAAAGGAACUUUUUAAAAAAGGUGUUGCAGCUCUUACAAGAAGAAAGGUAUGGGGUAGUUGUCCUAACCUGUACUGAAAGUUCCAUAACUUGGAAGUACAACAUCUCUAUUCUGAGCUAUCACUAUUUACACUUCUUAUAAAGGAAGCAAAGCCUUACAACUUGUUCAUGUCAGACAAGUGGGCUUAUAUAGGAGGUGGGGAGAGUAAUUAUCAUAUGAGGGUUUCAGUAAGGCUUUAUAAAUGAAAGCCAGUGCAUUGAAAUGAGUACAGAAGCAAAUUUGACAGCUGUAUAAAGCACAAGGACAGAAAGUUGCAAUGUUAUAUAACUCUAUUUCUUUGGCGGUAUAGCUCUAAAUAGAGCCAGAAUUUUCUGUACAAACAAGAACAGUAUCAUUCAUUUGAAACGCAGUUACAAAUGACCCAGUAUAUUGGUCCAAUAGAACUGUGACACAGAAUCCUUUCAUUGUAUGGGGAUUUUUGGUUAUUUGGUGAAUAAAACUCGGGAGAAUUCCCUCUUUGGCAAAGCUUGGCAAACCAAGCACUCUGAGGUGGGCCUUUCCAGUUGCCCACUAUCAUUGUGGCUGUUUAAACUGCUGCCCCUGAAGAUUCUACUAUUACCUUAAGGGAGAGUAGCUCCUCCCCCUUAAAGUGUGCUGCCUAGCAACCAGCAUCAGGUAACACAAGAUGUUUUGAUCCCUACUGGUCAAGGCAUUCCGCAGGUCUUGGUUCUUCUCAGGGGCAGGGGUGACUGAUGAAGCUUCGGCAACGGAUCCUAAUGUAAAAUGUCUGCUCUCCAGGCCUUAAAUGUUUCCUGCCAAUUUGUUUGUUUCCUCUUUAUAACUUAUUGCAUAACUGCUGCAGGCUGCAUGGGAAAUGAAUGUGUCACGUCAUCAGAAUCUUCUCUAGGUCCAAGCUCAAGCCACGUGUAUCUGUCAGAUUUGGGUUUUGCGUAGUAAAUAUUGGGGAUGCGGGUGGCCCUGUGGGUUAAACCACAGAGCCUAGGACUUGCCGAUCAGAAGGUCGGCGGUUCGAAUCCCCACGACGGGGAGAGCUCCCAUUGCUCGGUCCCAGCUCCUGCCAACCUAGCAGUUCGAAAGCACGUCAAAGUGCAAGUAGAUAAAUAGGUACCACUCUGGCGGGAAGGUAAACGGCGUUUCCGUGCGCUGCUCUGGUUCGCCAGAAGCGGCUUAGUCAUGCUGGCCACAUGACCCGGAAGCUGAACGCCGGCUCCCUCGGCCAAUAAAGCGAGAUGAGAGCCGCAACCCCAGAGUCGUACGCGAUUGGACCUAAUGGUCAGGGGUCCCUUUAUAGUAAAUAUUGUGAAGACUUGGCUCUACUGUUUGGCUUCUGUACUAAAUAGCUGCUACAGCGGCAGAACUAUGUGUUAGGGUGUGCUGCUUGGUGUUCGGGUGAUAACAGUGGCAAGGAGAGCUUUUUAUGAGCUUCAGUUGGUGAACUCAUGCCCUUCCUCUCAGAUAAGGAUCUGGCCACCACUAUCCAAGCACUGUUAACUUCCUGUCUAAAUUACUGCAACUAUAUGCAUCACAUUGGAGAUACUCUUGGAAAUGGAUUGAAAGCUCAAUCUAAUGCAGACUUAUGUGGCUCAUCUUAUUGAUAAGACCAGGCUAUAUAGAGAGCUCUAACUUGGUUGCAUUUGCUUCCUAUUUGCUUCUAGACCCAAUUCAAGGUGUCGGUGAUCUUUUCUAAAGUCCUGAAUAACCUGACUUCAGCAUACCUUGAGAAUGGAGAAAGAGGCAUGCUUUGCCCUUUGCCCCCAAAAGAUGUAUGAAGAAGGGGAAAGUCCUUUCCCAUCCAUGCUCCACACAGUGGAAUUAAUUGCCAAGGAAGCCCACCUAGCCAUGCCUUUAAUUUGUCUUCUACCAGCUUUUAACAACUUUCUUUCAAAACAUUUUUGCUGACGUUGGGUAGAUUUGUAUAGUCCAGCUGUUCUGUUUUGUUGCUCGUAUUGCUGCUGUUGGGUGUGCUGCUGCCUUUACUAUUUUCCUUCCCCCUUGUCUAUUACCCCAGCCAGAUGCAAGGAGUAUUAUUAUUAUUAUUAUUAUUAUUAUUUAUUAUUAUUAUUCAGACACAUACAUUUUUAUUUCUGUUUUGAUCAGUGGAAUGCUUUAAAUGAGGUUUUAGGCUGUUUAAAUUUCUGCUUAAGUAUCAUUCAUGACUUAUUGUAUCAGUGUUGUUAUAAGUUGCCUCAGCUGCUUGGGCAGCUCAUAGAUGCUAGUUAUAAAAAGUUGUGAGUGAACUUGGAGGGUUGGAUCCAGACUUGCCAGGAACAGAACUCUGCUAACUUGACCCUUCUUUUGGUAGAAAGUGGGAGGCUCUUUUCCAUGGUUUGCCCUGCAGCCUCCCAUAGCCCCCUGAAAACCUAUUUCGGAGGAUUGUGGGACCCUCUGGAACACCAUGGGAGAUAGCACUGUGGACUAGAGGAGGAAGGGAAAUUUAGCAAAGAUGUCCUUCUCUUGUUUCCCCAUCGGGCCACUGGUUCAAAAUCCCUUCCAUGAAUGAAAGGGCAAGUCUACAUCCAACCUCAUGAGAUCUGAGUGAUUUCAAGAUAUUCUGUAAAGUUUAUCUUUUUAGUUCUUGCUAUUAUACAAAUUAUUCUGAUAGAUAGCCACAUUGCUUUAGAGUACUAAAGCAUUUUAAUAAUAUUUUGUAACUUAAUAACACUUCAGAGUUAUGUUGAUUACUAAAACAAGAUAAUAAUACUUGUUUAGUGUGGCAUCUCAAUUGUCUUUUCCGCAUCUGUUGAAGACUUGCUUCUUUUGACAAGCUAAGUAGAGAUCCCAGUUGGUAUCUGUACUGAAUUUAAAAUUAUUUUUUAUAUACAUAGUGGAUUUUAUAUAUGCAGUUGUUUCAUGUAUGUUUUAUUGCAUUGUGAAAUUGCUUUGAGGUGCUUCAUAGGGAGCGGUUCAUAAAUGAAAUAAAUAGUAAUAAGUGGGAGAAACUUCUGUGUUUAACAUAAUUGUUUUUCCAAAGUUUGUUUACAGAAAAUGUGCUGGCUCAUCCUUGCAUUGUUCUGCGUCGACAGUGCCAGGUAAGUUGUUGUGAGUUGCUCUCUCAAAUGUGUCUUGUUGGCCUCGCUUGGGCUGCAGUCCUAAGCAUAUGCUUCUGUGAGUAAGCACCAUUGAACAGAAAUGGGAUUUACUGCCAAGUAAACAUGGAUAGGCUUGUGCUUUUAGUAUCCAACUAAGUUCUACUCACAGUAGACCUAAUGAAAUUAUUGGGACUACAUUUGUCAUAUGCACUAAUUUCAAUGGAUCUAUCUGGUGUAUGACUAUCUUUGGAUACAGCCCAUUUAAUUUUAAUGUCACAGAAAAUACUGGAUUUGAUUGGCUAACUAGUGGCUCUCCAAAUGUGGACUCCAACUCCUGCCAGUGGGCAAGGAUAAUGGGAUUUACGGUCCAACAUGUUACCCUCUCCUGGAUUAGACACUCCCUUCAAGUUGCAGUUAAAAUAUGAUAUUUGGAUAGCACUUCAGCAUGGAUUGUAUUUGAGUGAUCCUGUAAGUCUUUAGGAAAACAAUGGAGAUAGUGUUGUGGAGUCAAUUACAAUAUGUUAUCAUAACAUGUUAAUUAUACCAUUUACAAAUGUUUGUAACUGUAUGCAUAUAUGUUUGUUUUUGCAGGUUAAUUACCAUGCCAGGAAUUAUCAUCUCACUCCAUUUACAAUUGUCAACAUUAUGUAUAGCAUCAAUAAGGCCCAGGUAGGUAUUUGGUGUCUACAGAUUUGUUUAAAGAGAAAUUAAAUAAAACUACCAGUUAUAUGGACGCAGGUGGUGCUGUGAGUUAAACCACAGAGCCUAGGACUUGUCGAUCGGAAGGUCGGCGGUUCGAAUCCCCGCGACGGGGUGAGCUCCCUUUGCUCGGUCCCUGCUCCUGCCAACCUAGCAGUUUGAAAGCACAUGAAAGUGCAAGUACAGUGGUGCCUCGCAAGACGAAAAGAAUCCGUUCCGCGAGUCUCUUCGUCUUGCGGGUUUUUUCGUCUUGCGAAGCAAGCCCAUUAGCGGUUUAGCGGAUUAGCGCUACAGUAUUAGCGGCUUAGCGGAUCAGCUGAUAAGCGGCUUAGCGAUCAGCUGAUAAGCGGCUUAGCGAUCAGCUGUUAAGCGGUUUAGCGGCUUGGGAAAGGGGGGGGGGGAGGAAAAAACCCCGCAGGAACUCGCAAGACAUUUUCGUCUUGCGAAGCAAGCACAUAGGAAAUUCGUUUUGCGAAGCACCUCCAAAACGGAAAACCCUUUCGUCUAGCGGGUUUUCCGUCUUGCGAGGCAUUCAUCUUGCGGGGCACCACUGUAGAUAAAUAGGUACCGCUCUGGUGGGAAGGUAAACGGCGUUUCCGUGCUCUGCUCUGGUUCGCCAGAAGCAGCUUAGUCAUGCUGGCCACAUGACCCGGAAGCUGUACACCGGCUCCCUCGGCCAAUAAAGCGAGAUGAGCGCCGCAACCCCAGAGUCGGUCACGACUGAACCUAAUGGUCAGGGGUCCCUUUACCUUUACCUUUUUACCAGUUAUAUACUACUUUAAGUCUGAUUCUUACCACUGUCCCCCAAAUGCAGUUGGCCAGUAUAAAAAUAUGGCAGAUAAUGAAUGCAGAUACGCAUAGAAGUUACUGUAUAGAAAUACUAGUUGCAGGAAAACAUCAAAUACUGGGUUAGAUUAUGUAGAUAUUUUCUUCAAGCUAUCGUUUUAAAUUUCAGGGGCCCAGAGCUCUUUGGAAAGGAAUGGGGAGCACUUUCAUUGUUCAAGGCAUAACCCUUGGAGCAGAGGGCAUCAUCAGUGAAUUCACACCCUUGCCCAGGUAAUUCUCAUUUUUCUCUUACGUUAAGUAAAAGCAGUAUUUGUCCAUCAUAUCUCUUUGGGAUAGUCUCAGAAGUUGAUUGCAUCAGUUUAAAUUAAAACUCAAUGGGCAACAUUGCAGUCAGUUCCCACCUUCAUGCUUCCAAUAAGCAUCUGUCUGGCCACUGCGAGAAUGACAUGUUGGACUAGAAGGGCCUCUGGCCUGAUCAAGCAGCUCUCUUUUUAUGAUCUUAAUGUCAUGCAAGUGGACUUCCACUCACACAGCAGCCGUUUCCUUCCUCUCUUCCCUCAGCAACCCCCUUUCUGCUCCAGGCAGUAUUUGUUCCAACCCUCUGGAAGGCACACAGUUCUGCCAACGGUAUCUGUUCUACUAAUGGACAGACACCGAUGGAUUUCAUCCACCCACCUUAGGUCUGACCAAUUGCUGCAAAGUUUGCCUUAGUAGAACUGUACAGCGGAAUAUGCUUAGUUACCUGUUUUGCGCCAAGAACGUGGCAUUGCAAUUCUGUUUAAAGUCUUAGGUUUCCAAGAACAUAUAAAAGCUGGCUUGAAUUAGUCCUGUUGUGGCAGAUCUGAAUGGCCAGAGGUGAUGAUAUCUUAUACUUGGGAAUAUCCCUGGAAUAAUAGUAGAACCUCCUUGUAGAAUUACAGAAGGCAUUGUUGAAAAUAGCGGCAUAAAGAGCAAGAAAGGAAAUGAGCAUGAUGACAUGGAUGAGAUCAACAGCCAAGAAGCUGUGGGAUACGUUUGCCAUUAGUAAAUAUGGGUCUAUAGAAGAUGGUUGCUGAAGAGCCCCAAAAUUAGACUAUGAUGUCUUCAGUAGACCCAUUAUCUGGUCCCAAUCCUGAGAGUAAGCUCCACUGAAUUUAGUGGAGCUGACUUUUGAACUGGCACGGUUAGGAUUGCACUGUAAACUGAUCUGUGUACCUCUUUAAGAAACUGGAUAUAUUUCUGGUGGGGUGUUAAUUGUAUAAACAGUAACUGAGUCUUCCUAUGAAUUACAACUCUUUUUUAACACUUGCUUUCCUCUCCUAUUGGAAGCUAAAUACACCUCAAGAGUAUCAGAUGCUCCCUAUGUUUCCAGAUUGAAGACUAUUUGACCUUGAGCAGCUGAUACCAUUUCUUAGUAGUUUUUUUUCCCUGUUGGCCAGUGUCUCUUCCAGUUAAGAUGAGCUGUUUUAGCUGUUAAGUAGAUACAAGCUGAUUACUGUGUGUGUCAUUCAAAGAGUAAGCUUGUUAUCUUGGCAGUAGCAUUUUGAAAUCCAGGAGCAAGCCCAAAGUAAAGUAACUGUAGUCUUUUAGCGAAAGUAGAGAUCCAAGUCUGCUGCCUUUUUGCUACUGAAAUAACAGAAUGGAAAUUGGCAUUACAAACUAUGUAAAGCAUUUGAGAGUGUGAGCUUUGCUGUAUUGGAGAGUCACUACUUGGAUCUGCAUGACCUCAAGGAACAUAAAGCAAUAUUUUAAAUGUAACUGGCUGGUAGUUAGUAAAGGAAGACUCAUUGACAUGCUGAUUAUUGAAAAAUGAAUGAAAAUAAGUCAAUACAAUAAAAACAUUGCAUUAAAAAAUAUUCUGAUAGCCAUAAAACACAGUCAUUGCACUGUUCUAGUUGUUAAUUUACUAGAUUGGGUUUAAAUGAAGCCUCAGUAGGAAACUAUAAAACUUUUCAAAAAGGUAUAAAUGCCUGUUACCACCGAUAGGUAAUGAAAUAUCCUUCCAGAGGUUUGCUCAAACCAUUUUCUUUCCUUACCUUGUGCCCCAGUCAGUUGCCCAGCUAGUUAUAAGGAUCUACACAUUUUGUCUUUAGAUCGCACCUGGUGCUAAAUCUAUGAAAUCUGUAUUAAUAGUUUUGGUGUCAUUCAAAACAACUGUUAAAAAUUACUUAUGGAACAAAACCACUAUAUUACAAAAGUUUAAAUUUAAUAAAGUUCUUAGGUUCUGUAGCCUGUCGUGAUUCAACUUGAAAAAGGCACAGAAACAGGUUCUUCUGUUCCCUUCUUUUUUUAUUAAAGAUUUUCUUCUUUUGCCGGGACAUGUUCUGUACAUGCAGUGGCUUUCCUAUAUGCAGUGUAAUCUCUGAUGUAGAAAUGCAUAGCAUAGCACUGUUCAGGCAGAGCUUUGUAGGCACAGGUGUCUCUGAAAGCCUGUAGAUUAUGAGCACUAUCCAACCCUGCAGAAACAACUUUGCCUUCACCCCUGCACCCUCUGGAACAGAUUUUUGCCAUUGCACAGGGAGGGCUGCCGGCAGGAGAAGAGAAGAAUAUCCGUCACGUGAGCAGAAGUCUGUUCCGCAAGCAGACUGUUGCUUUUGUGUGUUGCCUGUUGUGCAAGUCACUUCACCAUAAGAUAUAAAGGAGUGACCGGUAUCUAUGCCUUGAAUUUUGGUUAGUAACCCUUUAUUGCCAAUUACUACUUUCUUUUUUGUAGAGAACUUUCAUAUAAGUGGAGUCCCAAGCAGAUAGGAGGACAUCUUAUGCUGAAAGGGUACGUACCUGUGUUAAAUUUACUCCCAAUUUUUUUUUAGUACAGAAGGAUGUUGUUAUACUACUUGAAAAAAGAACCAAGAGCAACUUAAUAGUGCAAAUAUGCAAAAAAAAAAAAAUUAAUCAGCAAUAUGGCAAUAACUUUUUUUUUAGCAAUCCGAAGUGUGUCAACUGCAAACUGAAAUAUAUUUUUUAAAAAAUAAAAAAUUGUCCAGUAGCACCUUCGAGACCAACUAAGUUUGUUCUUGGUAUAAGCUUUCGUGUGCAUGCACACUUCUUCAGAUACACUGAAACAGAAGUCACCAGACCCUUAUAUAUAGUGGUGGGGUGGGGUUUUUCUCAGGAGGGUAGUAGGAGAUGGGUGAUUGACUCAGUGGGUAUGGUAAACCUGUUGACGACUGUUAAUGACUGCAAUUAGUCCUACAGGAAAAAGGAAGGGAUAGUAUGCAGAUGAUUAGCAUACCUGAAUCUACAACUUCAAAUUGAGUUAAAUUUUAGGACUCUCAAAUCGCCUAAUCUUUAUAUAUGUAAGUCUUAUCAUGUGUCUCCAUCUUGCUCUGAGGAGUACAUCUAAGGAGAUUGCUGCAUUAAUGUCUAGAAAUGAGGCCUUUGGAAUUGAACUGUCAUUUCUGUAAGACUCCCCCUAAUGAAUUUGCACAGAAAUAUCAUACCAAUGGUUUUGUAGAAUAUGAUCUACAGUCAUGCCUCUUGUUGCGUUUGUUUCAGGUUAAAUCUUUUCAGGUUGCAUCCCGCGACGACCCAGAAGUAACGGAACGGGUUACUUUCGGGUUUCGCUGCUUGCGCAUGCACAGACGCUCAAAAUGACAUCACACGCAUGCACAGAAGCAGUGAAUCGUGACCCGCGCAGACGCGGGUUGCGUUCUGCUCAGGUUGCGAACGGGGCUCCAGAAUGGAUCCCGUUCGCAACCAGAGGUACCACUGUAUUUCACUUGAUAUGCAUAUUGAGAAGUAAUGCCAUAAGAAUCCGUAUCUACUAAAUUAAUCUUACCAUUAGGAGGAUUUUAACAGCACCUUCCCCCACCUAAGCCAAAUAAUUUAAAUCUUAGAAACAGGGCUAAACUGAUUUAAAUUAAAGGCUCAGUUUAGAUCAUGGGUAGGCCAACCAAGGCCCGGGGGCUGGAUCUUGCCCAAUCACCUUCUAAAUCCAGCCCACGGAUGGUCCGGGAAUAAGCGUGUUUUUACAUGAGUAGAAUGUGUCCUUUUAUUUAAAAUGCAUCUCUGGGUUAUUUGUGGGGCCUUUCUGGUGUUUUUACAUGAGUAGAAUGUGUGCUUUUAUUUAAAAUGCAUCUCUGGGUUAUUUGUGGGGCAUAGGAAUUUGUUCUCUUUUUUCCAAAAUAUAGUCCAGCCCCCCACAAGGUCUGAGGGGAUAAUGGACCAGCCCCCUGCUGAAAAAAAUUGCUGACCCCUGGUUUAGAUGGACUGUUGACUGUAGCAAAAAAACCAUGUCAUUAUCAAAAUGAUAAGUGUCUGUGCUUUCCUCUAGGCUGACUUGCUUGAUAGCAAUGCCUUUUUAUUCUGCAAGUCUGAUUGAAACAGUACAGGUAAGUUAAAUGCUUUUUGUCUGCUGUCAGGUAACAGUAUUUGGGGAAUCAGAGGUCAAAGUAUCCUAGCAUCAGCUGGCCUGAGCUUUGGUAUUCUGUCUUUAUUUGCAUUGCCCCUAGAAGAAGAGAUAUUCUGCUUUAUUAAAAGUAUUUGAUACAAGCAAUAUCAUGUUUUGUAUUACUAGUUAUUUUUAAAUUCACAGCAAAUAAUUCCUACCUCUCAGGAGCUGAUUUCAGCUAAUUUCUUUAAAUGGGUUUAUUUGGAUCUGGAAAAUCCAACACAAAGGUUUUUAGCAGGUGCCAAAAGCUGUAUCAAUGGGCAGGGAAUGACAUCUGAACUGUAUGGUGAGGGAAACUCUCUUAAUGUAUUGAACUACCUGUCAAAUUUGAUUGGGCUUGCACAUUUCAUCGCUCAGCAAGUUUAUUUUCUAGUUUACUGCUUUUCAGUUUGUGCCAUUCCAAGCCACUUGGUGGCGCACCAGUUACUUCGAAGUUUUUUGGCUUGGGGGUUUGAAGAAUAUAGGAUGAAAUUGAGCAGCUGAUUUGAUUCAUUUCUGUGUUCAAUCAACCACAGUAGUGCAGCUCUCUGUGUGUGUCCUCAUGCUAUCAAAACAUCCUUUGAGGUUUUCACCUGCAUAUUUUGAAAAAUCACCUUCCCUGUUACUACAACGUGAAAUUAAAAACCUGCACAUGCUUAUUUCUUUCUGCUUGGUGUUCUCUUAAACGAGGAAUGAAAUGGCUCUUGGUAUCAUGAGAAAUGCUUGUGAUCAGGAUCGGAGCUCAGGACACCAAGAACUGUGCAACUUGUUCUACAUGCUCUAUCUUUUCUGCAGCCCCCUGUGCCACAUGGAAAACUCCUAUUGGUUUUAAAAAAUAGCCCUUCGUGUGGUGUGGUGUUGUUUGAUAAAUGCCCAUAGCAUCUUUAGAUGCACAGGACUAGUUGUCAGGUUCUUGGGAUCCAUGGAUUUUUAAAAUUAUUAAUACUGGUGAAUUUCUGUUUGUGUUUUAUACAGCCUAGUAGAGUUCAAGGAAGCUAGUGGGUGGAAACAGCCCUCCCCUCCCUCCCUUCCUUUUCCAAAAUGGGUGUGAUAUCUUUUAGAGGCGUAAUGUCAGCUUGGUGGGAAUAGCUUCAAACCACUACUUUCCUUUGCCAUUUAACAAGGAUAUAAUUGGAAACACCUACUGACGUAUUGGCAAAUCCCCAAAGGUUUCCAAGGAAACGUUUGUUCAUACUGUUUCCAAUGACCUAAAUUGUUUGAGAUCUAAUUUGCUCUGUUCAAUACACAUAUGGAGAGGUUAGCGUGUAUCUGUAUAUUUACAUGUGAGUGAGAUAAGGGAAUGUGGUUAUGCACUGCCUCAGCUUCAGGAUCUGUCCUUCCAGUGAGCACUCAGGGCUGACUUCCUUAAGAAUGGAGAGGUUUGAUCUUCUUGCAGUCCAUGGGACUCUCAAGAGUCUCCUCCAGCACCAUAAUUCAAAAGCAUCAAUUCUUCGGCGAUCAGCCUUCUUUAUGGUCCAGCUCUCACUUCCAUACAUCACUACUGGGAAAACCAUAGUUUUAACUAUAUGGACCUUUGUUGGCAAGGUGAUGUCUCUGCUUUUUAAGAUGCUGUCUAGACUUGUUAAAGGUGAAGGGACCCCUGACCAUUAGGUCCAGUCGUGACCGACUCGGGUUGUAGCGCUCAUCUCGCUUUAUUGCCCGAGGGAGCCGGCUUAUAGCUUCUGGGUCAUGGGGCCAGCAUGACUAAGCCGCUUCUGGCGAACCAGAGCAGCGCACGGAAACGCCGUUUCCGCGACGGCGUGAGCUCCCGUUGCUCGGUCCCUGCUCCUGCCAACCUAGCAGUUCGAAAGCACGUUCCCCAGCGGGAAAGUAAACGGUGUCUAGACUUGUUAGGUCGGUCCAAAUCUUAACCACCACAUCUAGGGUGCGUGCUGGUGGAAGGUAAGUGUUAAUACAGAAAAAUGGGCCUCCUGCCACUGCACUAAACUGUAGUGGCAAGAAAUAUUCAUAAAGGAGAUCUGACUCCACAACACUAAUUUCCCCAGCCAGAUCCAGUGAGGUAAAGGUGGUCAGUCCCCCACUUCCUUGUCCUUUUUGAUGCCUCUUGCUGCAGGGAGACUAUGCUGAGAGUAUCCCUGUAAAUGCGGGAUAUGAUCCUGUUGCUGAUGCUGGUUAUGCAUAAUUUGUUUAUAAGUAAAAAAAAUUAAAAAAUGGCAACAGUCACAGCUUUUGGAUGUUUAUUCAUUGGAAAUACUGUGGUGCUUUUUCUUUUUACAGAGCGAAAUCAUUCGGGAUAAUCCUGGGAUUUUGGAUUGUCUGAAAGAGGGCAUAGGCAGAGCAAUGGGCUUUGGAGUGCCCCAUAGCAAGCGGCUCCUCCCUCUCCUGGCCCUGGCCUUUCCGACUGUUCUACACGGAGUUCUUCAUUAUGUGAUCAGUUCCAUUGUUCAAAAGUUAGUCCUGCUCCUCCUCAAGAAAGAGAAUUCCCCCAGCCUUCCAGCUGAGAACUCGAGUUCUGUGCAAAGCAUGCUGGAUGCUUAUUUCCCGGAACUUAUUGCCAGCUUUGCUGCCAGCCUUUGCGCUGAUGUGAUGCUCUACCCUCUGGAGACAGUUUUGCACCGUCUUCAUAUCCAAGGGACUCGCACCAUCAUUGACAAUACGGACCUGGGAUACGAAGUCCUCCCCAUCAAUACCCAGUACGAAGGAAUGAGAGACUGUAUCAAUACCAUAAAGCGCGAAGAAGGAAUAUUGGGGUUUUACAAAGGGUUUGGGGCUGUAGUUGUACAGUACACCUUACACGUUGCUGUUCUGCAGUUCACUAAAAUUCUUUACUCGACGCUGCUCCAGAAUGUUUCUUAGAAGGUGAUGGGUGUGGCCACUCAAAAGUCCACGUAUUCAGGCAGUAGGUCAGCAAGUGAAAGCUGCGAGUUUAGAAUCUACAGUAAUGGUUUUCUCCUUGCCAGCCACCUAGAAUGUUCCUGUGUAAAUAGAUGUGCGUUGUCCCAGGCCCUUUAUGAAAUACUUAAUCAGAGAGAGAGAGGGAAAUGAAGCAUGGAAGUCUAUACAGGCCAGGGCUUUUCAAUAUUGAAAUGUAAAUAAACUAUUGCAACAUCUUUUGUAAAUCUGUAUCUGCUGUGUAGAGUGUGAUUUUCCGAUUGCUGAUAAAUCCUGCACAAACUCAAUUUGAAAUGAAAGAUAGCUGUGAUCUUGUUCUUAAAGUCUUGUCACUUCUCAAAGGGACUUGCACUGAGGACUGUGUGCCUUUGCUUCUGUCCGUAGAAUUAUUUUGACUACAUUUGAAUGCUCUCAAAAACCAAUGAACUUUGACAACUCUGUUGAAGGGUUUUGCCAUAUAACUGCUGUAACAAGGAUUAAAAUUGCUAUGGUUACGAAUGUGAAUGUAGAAGUGGUUGCUAUUCCAUUUUUUCUACAUCGUAUUCUUGUUGAUUUACAAAUGUGACAAUGAGGCUAAUGGUAAUGAAAAGUGUGAAGAAUCUAAAAUAUUAUAAGCAGUUUAUAAAUACAUUGCCUGACCACUACUAGGCAAACACCAUAAGAACACUUGAAAACAAAUUCCAUGGAAGUCUGAUGGAUUUUAUUUUAAAUAAAUGUGUUCUAAAUAAGAUAUGUCUUAUCCCAAGAUAUGUUUUAUUAUUAUUUUCUAUGUUAGCACAAUCAUGGCCCUAAUUAGAUCAUGUUUUCAAAUACCAGUCAAAAGUAAUUUAUUUUAUUUUAUUGCUAUGGCUCGUAAUAAUAAAUAAAGAUUAUUCUGAUUCUAGUAUAAUAAAAAAGCUUGCCUUUUAACAUUGCUCAUCCCCUGCUCCCCAAAGAGUGAAGUUCUUUUUA